CAUUUCGCUCGGCUGUAUCAAAACAAAUUUUACAUAACUCGUUGUUUCUGUAGCAAAAUCAAGAAAUUUUCUAAAAUCCUCGGGAGUUUUCAACGCAAAAAGUGUCCGCAAAAUGGCAACGAUAAAGUAUAUCGGAAGGACCACCGACUUCAAGGGCAAAACGCUGUGGGAGAUCGUCGGAAACUUGAAGAACUUUGGCGUUGGCCGGGUUGUGGUUCGCAGCAUGUUCGAACGGUAUCCGGAACCGAGCUUUAUGCGCAUCGUCAAGGUUGACGCUCUGCCCAACGAGGAAACACGCAAAGUGAAGGUCACGGUGGAGAAGACAUUCCGCGGCCGAAAGUAUCCGAAGCUGGUCGAGAUCGACAGCGUUUCGUACAAGGCGGACUAUCGGUUGCUGCACAAACACGAGGAGGAAGCGUACUGCCAGGGUCAGGCCCGCACCGAGAAGAUAAUUCCCAGCGAGAUUGAUUUGCCGCCGCUGUUGCGCGAGUUUGUCCAGCGCGAGACGGGCAAGGUCGAUCCGAAGAUUGUGGUCAAGAUGAAGCCCGGACACAACAGCAUUUAUAGGUUGGCGCGCGAGGGCGAGAAGCCGAACGUGGACAUUAGCAUGGGGCUGGGAAAGCCGGCCAGCCCGAGUUUGUACGCGAAUUGUGAGCUGUAGAGAGCGGGGGGAUUAGAUUGUUAAUAAACAUUUGAUUAGCUUUAUAUAACAAGAUUU